AUGGAGGGGAAAAAACAGCAGGUUGAUGACCCUCAAAAAAUUCUGAUGGUUCCAAUGAUAGCACAUGGUCAUGCAACUCCAUUUUUUGAACUUGCCAAAAAGCUCUCCAAAGCCAACUUCCACAUCUAUCUUUGUUCCACUUCUGCCGUCCUUAGUUUCCUCAAGCAAAGCCAAGAAAAAUACUUCUCAGAUGUUUCAAACACUAAUAUCGAACUCGUAGAACUUCACUUGCCAUCUAUGCCUGAUCUUCCUUCACACUACCAGAGCACCAAAGGUCUUCCUAACCAUCUCUAUCCACCUCUUUUCACGGCCUAUAAAAUGGCUGGCGAAAGCUUUUCCAUCAUAGUCAACAAUCUUAGCCCUGAUUUGAUCAUAGAAGAUUUCUUUCAGGCAUGGGCUCCAGAUAUUGCUUUAUCAAAAAAUAUUCCUAUUGUUAGUUUCUCAGUUGUUAGUGCAGCAUCCUAUUCUUUUAUGUAUCAUAUUUAUUUGAGUGAUGGUGCUACUGAUGAUUACCCUUUCCCAGAAAUAUGUCUCUCUAACAAUGAGAUAGAGAUAGGACUGGUUUCAAAGCCUACUGGAUCGUCUAUAACGGUAUUUAUGGAAAAAAUCCUCGUCUAUAGUGCACGCAAAAAGUCUUGUGACAUCGUUUUGAUCAACAAUUGGAAGGAAACUGAGGUAAAAUAUAUGCAGUACCUGUCCUCUAUAAUCAAUAAGAAGACUUUAAGUGUCGGUCCACUCAUAGGGCAAACUGAUGAAAGCACUCAGGAUGAUCAAGAUUCCGACAUCAUAGAAUGGCUCGACAAGAGAGAUCCAUUUUCAACUGUCUAUGCAGUAUUUGGAAGUGAAAAUGUCUGGUCAAAGGAAAAUAUUCAAGAGAUUGCUCAUGGAAUUGAGCUAAGCAAUGUAAACUUUUUAUGGGUACUUAGGUUUCCAGGGAGCGAAGUUGAACAAGUUUUACCUGAGGGAUUUCUGAAUAGAGUUAAGGAGAGAGGGAUGGUUGUUUCAAGAUGGGUACCUCAUGCCAAAAUCAUGAGGCAUAAAAGCAUCGGCGGAUUCUUGAAUCAUUGUGGUUGGAAUUCCACAGUUGAGUGUAUACAUUUUGGGGUUCCACUUAUAGCCAUGCCAUUUAAUAUGGAUCAGUUUAUAACAGCAAAUUAUGCAGUUGAGCUUGGCAUGGCAUUGAAAGUUCAGAGAGAUGAAAAAGGAGGGCUAAAAAGAGAGGAGAUAGCAAAAGCCAUAAGAAAUGUUAUAAUGGAGAAGAAGAUGGGAGAAGAACUGAGGGAGACAUCAAAGGAAUUGAGUGAGAAAAUCAGAAUAAAGGAAGAAAAAGAGAUUGACCAAGAAGUUGUGGAGGAACUUCGAAACCUUUGUUUGAUGAAUAAGAAAGAGAAAAAGGAACAGUUGCAACGACUUUACAGCUGUGGGGAGUUGACUGUACAGGAACUGAUAUCCAUCUAUUUCCUCUGUUGUUUCUUUGACUCUGAAUUGUUGAAACAUAUCCCAGACUUAAGACUUGUUAUUCUUGAGCACUUUGAGGAUGUGGAACAGGCCAAGGCACAAUGGCUAAAUCAGGGAGACCAGAACACUAAAUACUUUCAUGGCCUGGUGAAACCUAGAAGGAACUGUAACAGAAUAUUCCACAUCAAGGACAUGAAAGGGGAUGACAUAGAUGAUCCAGUAAAGAUUCCAAAAGCAUUAUAG